UGCAGUUCGCGUGGAGAGCUGAGGUGGCCCUUUUCGAAGGAAGACGGAAGAGUGAAGUUGUGGUUCUCCGGCAUCCAGCAAAGAAAAAUCAAAGGCACUUGGUUGCUUUCAUUGAAAAGUGUAAAAAUAUUUCGGACAAGAAAAGAAGAUGAAUCGCGUCGUUGCAUUUCUGCUUCUUUGUGUUGGCCUUUGUGCAGCGGAGAGCUGCACAGAUCCUGUCAUCACCCCGUCCUCCUACACCACCACGGAUGCUGUCAUUUCCUCGGAGUCCGUCUUCAUUGUGGAGCUCAGCCUAGCCUGUGCUAAUGGGGCCCAGAGUGUGGCUUUGUAUGCGGACGUCAAUGGAAAACAGUUUCCUGUGACUAGAGGCCAGGAUGUGGGGAAGUACCAGGUGUCCUGGAGUGUCCCCCACAAACAGGCCAGCUCUGGAACAUACCAGGUCAAGUUCUUUGAUGAGGAAUCUUACAGUGCUCUUCGCAAGGCCCAAAGGAACAAUGAGGAUGUGGACUCCAUCAAACCUCUCUUCUCUGUCAAUGUGGAUCACAGGGGUGCGUGGAACGGUCCCUGGGUCUCCACUGAGGUUCUGGCUGCAGCCAUCGGCAUCCUGGUCUACUACCUCGCCUUCAGCGCCAAGAGCACCAUUCAGGCGUGACCGUGACGACCGCACCCCGACCAGCUCGCACAGACCCAGACGCCCACCUUACAUGACCGCACCCUGUCCGCAGUGACCGCACCCUGUCCGCAGUGACCAGCUCGCACAGACCCAGAAGCCCACCUUACGUGACCGCACAGACCACACCCUGUCCGCAGUGACUGGAUUUUGCAGACCCGGACUUAUACACUUAUACACCCUGACCGCAACUUGACCAGCUCACACAGAUUCCGACAUGUUUUCAGCGAGCGAUUGAAAAUCUGGUCAUGUACGGCAGUGGCAUUCACAGUAAUGCCAACCCUACCUGUAGGUUUUUCUUGUACCCAAACUUCAGCCAGGGGUUUCAGCUGCGGCUUUAGACCACAAAAACCUAGUGCAGCUGGAGUAGAUGUUUCAAAGCCUUGUGGUUAGAAGUCCAGGUUUGAAGUGGCCCACUAACUGGAGAAAAAUAAAUAACUGAUUCAUGAAAGACUUAUAUGCAUUAAGAUGUCAGGACAGUGAGCAUGUGCCAGCCUCCACAAUGGGACUGAUAUUUAAAAGUAUUUGGGAUUUAAGCCCCCCCCCCCCCCCCC